GUACAGUCGUCAUAUCAUUAACAGGAGCGCUUUCCAACCGUUGUCAGCAGUGUAGUGUCCUUGCAACUCGUUCUCACACACGUCGUGCUUACGACAACCCCAUCACGAGAAUACGUUCCUCCAGCAGUCCAGCUGCUGGACCACUUUUUGUAUGAAUGCAGCGAGCUGCACUAAAUUUAUUGUUCGGUACAUAGAUAUGUAGUUUGUUUGUAUGCUAUCAAUUUGAAUCUUAACAAACCAUGACAGACUACUUGAAACAGUUCAUCGACCGUGCGACAGACGUCCCAUUGCAGCUGCGGAGACGACUUGCGCUGAUCAGGGACUUAGACGAGAAGGCAGUGGCGCUACAUCGUGAAGUUGAUGAGCAUUGCAAGCGGUUGCUAGCUGAAAAGGGCCAGCAAUCCAACAAGAAACAAAGGGUCGCCAACGCCGAGGAUCCUGCACCGCCCUAUGAUGUGGAGUUAGCUCUUAAGCGCUUGCUGGGGUUGGCGGACGAGAAGGUCAACAUCGCAAAUCAGAUUUACGACUUCAUGGACAAGCACAUCAACCAGCUGGAUUCGGACUUGCAGCAGCUGGAUAUGGAGAUUGAGUCCGACCGCCGGGAGCUUGGACUGGAGGAUGAAGAGACGGCCUGUGGGAAGCUUGGGUUGGAGGUACCAAAGGCAGGAGAUACCAAAAAGAAACGGGGCCGGCGCAAGGAGGAGACUGCAGCUGCGGCGGCUGCUCUUGCGCCAAUCGAAAUCGAGCCCGCAUAUUGCAUCUGCAACAAGCCAUCCGCGGGGCAGAUGGUGGGCUGCGACAACCCCGACUGCACGAUCGAAUGGUUCCACUUUGAGUGCGUAGGCCUGAAAGCUGAUCCCGUGGGCAAAUGGUUCUGCCCCAUUUGUCGCGGUGAGCGGAAGCCCGGCAAGAAACAAGGCAAGAAAGCGGCGUGAGCAUCUUUGUGCAGAGCUAGUGGUGGGUGUUGCACGAUCGGACGUGCUGCAAGGGCAACGGUGUGCGUUCAUGGAAUUACAUUCCAGCUUGCGUAAAGAAUUGUAGUCCAGGGGUGCAACGUCCUGUGAUGUGAUCUCUGAGCUGUGAAAUUGGAGCCUGUAAAGUACAAAUCAUG